AUAAAUAGUCGUGAAAAAAAAAAAAUAGAUUUCACUUUGAAUUAUGAUUUGUUAAUAAUUUUAAGUAAAUAUUUUUAAAAUCAUGAAACGUUUUUUAACUCAAUUCUUAUUUACUAUUUUGUCUGUCAACUUAGCAAUUGGACAGGAUCCGACUGCACAAAUAAAAUUAGAAAAAAUAGCAAUAAAUAUUACUCCAAAUAAUCCAUACUUUGAGGAUUGGUCUAGUGAAAUAUUGAGUCCUGGGAAUGUAUACUCUAUGAAAUGUCCAAUAAAAAAAGAUUACCCUGAAAAUAUGAUGAUAAAACUAAUAGCUGAAUUUGAGGGCAACGUAAUUGUUGAGUACGACGUAAAAGUAUGUGACGGGUAUGAAGAUGAUGAAAUCCGUCACGAUUUUUUUAUAAAUGGAGUGUUUAGCAACAACUUUCCCAAAAAUUGUCCAGUUAAAGCUGGGGACUAUGAAAUAAUUAAAUACACAAUUCCAACAGAUAAAUUACCACCGGGUUCACCAGACGGUAAAUUUGUUAUAGAAUCGGCCGUAUAUGAAACUGGUAACGAUCCGUAUCUAACAAUUCGCUAUGAAGGUGAAAUAACUCAUCAAUAAUUUAACGUUCCGGGAAUCAAGCAUUUAAUUUUAAUUAUUUUGGUUUUGGUUUUUAUUAUUCUGUCUCUUUUUAAUGCAUAGCAAAAAAAAUUUUAAUCUAUAUAUGGAUUUUUUUUUUGCUUAAUUCCUAAUUAUUAAUAAUUAUAGUUUCACAUGUUUAAUAGAUGAAAACUUUGGUUGAGGAAAUAUAAAAUAUAAUUAAUAUUUUU